AGUCACCGCCCAGUUUUGCGUCAUCACUACGCGCCCACAACACACUGCCCCGAUCUACAUUUCUUACACGUGAGUCUAUCUACAUUUUGUUGACGUCCUUUAUUGUUUCUAUUUACCAGUAUUUCGCAUGAAUUAAACGAAGAAUUUUAUUUAAGAGUUGUGUUCCCCUUUAAGUGUUCGCUUUUACGUAAAAUCUCAAGUUCUCAGGAAGUUAGCAUGUCAGCCUCCUUGCCUCGUAUCGAGAACCAAACUCGGUUUCAAAAUUUCAUCACUGACUGGUCACUCUUCACAGGCAAUGGUUUUGUUCUCGUGAUGCACAAUUUUUUCCUUUUCUAUUAUCAAUAAAGUCUAAAGGUAAAUUCGGCGUGAUCUUUUGUCCCCCAACAACCGAAUACUCGAAGUUAACAGACUUUUUUUUAUUGAGAUAUGUCUCAAUUUACGACCACCACACAUAUGAGGACUCGACAUAUUGAAAACACAACAACCGUGUCUGAGAUAAUCACACUCCCUUUUUAAAGUCUUAUUUAUUAGCUUUACUCCUGUUGAUUUCAAACAUGGUUAUUAUAUAGUAAAGUUACAGAGCUUGUAAGCAGUUAUCCGUGUUGACAAUAACAGAAUGACCUGUGACAUUGAGUUAUCUAUAAUAAACAUACAACGCUGUAGUGUUUUGCACUUGUCACUCAAAGCCCUAAUGUCAUACAUAGAGAUUCACUGAAAUAUUGCUAAGUACUGGUAAAUAUUUUGUGACUAGUGUAGCAUUGUUGAAGAUAAGAAUAGAUAAAUCUGUUUUAUUGCAUCAUUUUAAUGGUUUCAAGCCAGACAGACUCUAUUUUUGUCAACUGCAUAAAAUGAAUAGAAAAAGUAAAAAAAUAUAUAAACUUCAUUAUAUUUCAUGUCAAUUUUAAAGUAUUUUGUGUUACUGUGCAUUCAGUUUUAUUGUACUUAAAGCAUCCACCUUGUGUUAGUACUGAUAAUACAUUUUACUGAGUUUUUGAUUGAAUUACUUAAGAAGUUAGCACCAUAUAUGUAAAAAAAAAAAGGUAAUAAGAAAGAAGGUGAAAUUAAAGUGUGUUCUUUUUGCAACUGAAAUCACAUUUUUAUAUAUCUGCGUAUUUUUAAGAUUGCACGUGCUUUGUAUGUUUUAUUCAAGCCUGGAUAUUUUUAAUCUAAUGUUAGGCCCUCAGCCUGGUUUGGUCAAAAUUAAAUGAAGCAAGGAUACAGGGAAAGCAACAAAAUCAAUUUCGCAAAUCAAUGCUUGUUUUUAAUUUUAGAACCUAUUUCAGCCCUGAUUUUUUUCAGUCCCUGCAUUUUUUUAUCACAUCAGUUUUAUGCCUGUAAGAACUUGCCAUUGCUCAAAUUCUGAAGUUUUAGAAACAGUAUUGGACAGGUAAAAAGAGCUCAAAAAUAAACUUCUUGGGGAACCAGGCAAACACAAACCUGACUAUAAUUACCUCAUGUUUUCCCAUCGUCUCUUCCCAACUUUAGCCUAAAGAGAAAAACUAAGCAACGAUCAACAGACUUUACUUGUAACCUGCUGAUUUUCUGGUCAGGACCAUGCUGGCAAAACCAGAGAAGAGGCAGCCACAAAAAGGAGAAGGAAAGAAAAGAAGACACCCUGGAGGUGAUGGAGAUACUGGAGUGAAGAAGAAGAGGGGAGGUAAAGAAGGAGAAAAGGUUCAAGGAGAUGGUGGCAGGAAGCGCCUGGACGCCCUGAGUGUUGGAUAUUUCCGUCGAGUCGGGGAAAGGCUCAGUGAAGGCUUUGAAGAUGAUGAGGAGAGAGGUGAGAAAGAUUACUGCUCUGCAGAUCUGUGAAAGAAAAGAGCUGGCCUUUGAUUAAGAUUGAGAAGCAGGCUGCAGAAAAUACAGCAAUACACCUUCAUCAUCUUUCAAAAGAAAUAUUUGCUUUUAAAGUGAUCUUUUGGCAGAGUAUGCAACCAAGAUGACAGAGAUGACAAAAUUGAACGAUAGAAAAAUCCUUGUUGGUUGAUCAUGAAAACUGUCAUCUGAAGCAGUCUUCUCAGUUUCAAAGAAGUCAGAAACAGAGAUUACUUUCAUCAGGAUAAGAAAGACUGUGGAAACUGUGGUAAUGAAAAGAAAUUAGAAUAAAAUAAAAUCAUGAAAAAUAUAAAUAAAGACGAUAAUAUGUAAAACACAAAAUAUUGAAGAAAUAAAAUAGUAUUUGUAAAAUGUGCAGUAUCCACCAGGCAAGAUAUUGCUAAUGACAACAACAAGUACAUCUAAUUCUAUUACUGUCAUUAUUAUUAUUAUCAUUAUUAUUAUUAUUGUUAUUACAACUGGAGAGUGACUCGGCUGUCUCCAGCUCUUUCCUACCCAGGGUUAUAGAGGCUUCGUCUCAAGUUUAUAGGCUUAGAGAGGCUUCAUUACAGGUGUAAUAAAGUCUUUGCUAGAGGUGUAAUGAAGACUUGAUAGAAGGUUUAUUACUGGGUUAAUAAAAGGUAAAUAAAGGCUUUGAUAAGAGUGUUGUAAAAGCUUUAUAAUGGCAGUAAUGGAGGCUAAUGAGAGGUCAGAUCAGGGCUAUAAUGAAGGAUUGCAUGAUGAAGGCUUUAUUACUGAUGUAGUGAAGGCUGAAAAAAGGCUUCUCAUGGGUGUGAUAAAGCCUUCGGUAUGUGGGUAAUAAGGUCUUAAUGGAGGCCUCAUUACAGAUGUCAAAAAGACUUAAUAAGACCUUGGUUUCAGUUAGUUACUCCUUCUUUCCAGCUCUGCUGUUAUUGUCUAAAUUGUUUCUCUGAUCAGGUUAAGAGGAAACUGUUUUUCCAAUCAGAGACCCAGUAACUCCUCAGGCUGCUCUUACAUUUAUGCUGUUUGUCACCGACUCUUGAGCCCAAGAUAGAAGGUAGCAAGAUUUAUCAAUUUAGAAUACUAAAGAGCACUAAUGUUUUUGCCACAGUGUUGACAGGCAGAGGUGAAAUGUGGUGGCAAAGUUUUCUUCAGAUUGAUUUAGUAUGACAUAUCUGUGAACAGCCUCAUUGUGCAUUUACAACAUAAUCAAAAGUUGCCCUCUGCAUACUAAGUUUUGUUGUCACAUCUUUGUUGUUGUUUUAAUUUAGGCUUCUGUGUGGCUGCGAUAAAAUUUAGCAUCAAAUGUCUCACCGUACCUCUAAUUAACUUAAGUUGUUUAUAAAUUGAUGACUGCUAAGUGAAUGCCAACUCAGUCCAUGUAUCUUUUUCUUUUUUUGGCAUAGUUGUGUGACAGCUGCUUUUAUUUCUGUGUUUAACCUUUGAAUAUUUCUAAAUAUGACCUGUCAUUUACCAUUAGAGAUACUGUAUUUGUCACCGUAUAUUCAGUACUCUGUUCCUGACUGGGUGACCUCUUACUGUGUCUCACUGUAUUCUCUCUGUAGUGAUGUUUGUGGAGAACGUCCUCUCUGAAGUUAAAGGUAAAGCGACCCUGGUGGCAAUGGACCAAACAGGAAGCAUCACUCUGCAGCGGUUGUUUCCGCUCUCCAGUCCUAACCAGGUGGGGGAGGUUCUGGCUGAACUGGGCGGAGAAUCAGGGUCGGAGUUCAAGGCGGUGGCUUGUGAUCGCUGUGGGGGUCAUGUCAUGGAGAGUGCAGUCAGACAGAUGUCCAGGUGGACAGGUGAGACUAAUCAUUGUUAGUCUGAUGAAAUGAUACUAUGAGACCAGCGCUCGGGAUCAUCUCUGUGUUCGUUAUUUUCAGAGUCACCACAGAAGGAGCCGUCUGCCACCACAGAAGAAGAAGAAGAAGAGGAGGAGGAGUUUGGACUGUUGGAGGCUCAAGUGUUGUCUGUCAGCCAAGUGGUGAGAGGAAACAGCGCAGAGUUCAUCAAACAUGUUCAUGGCUCACAUGUGGUCCGCACGCUUUUACACGUGCUGGCUGGCUGCCUCGGACCGCCACGCACCGAAUCUCGACCAGGUCCGUGUACACACACCAAACACAAUCACAUGUACUCACACAUACAAAACCCUGAAUCCAGUAAAGUUUGGAUGCUGUGUGAAAAGUGAAUAAAAACAGAAUGCAAUGAUGUUCAAAUCCUUUUCUACCAGCAUUCAAUUGAAUACACAACAAAGACAAGAUAUUUAAUGUUCAAACUGUUAAACUUUGUUGUUUUUUUGCAAAUAUUCACUCAUUUUGAAUCUGAUGCCUGCAACAUGGUUAAGAAAAAGUAGAGACAGGAACAUGUUUCCCUCUUGUGUUACAUCACAACAACUUGCUUUAAAGAUUUCUAAACCAAGGAGAGCAGUUUCAGGAGCUUUAGUAGCAAAAUGUUGUACUACUUUUGCCGGAUGAAGGGUUUCAGCUGCUGAGGAGUUCAGUCUACUUUGUCAUAUUUUCUGUUUUAUGAUUGAGUGGAGACUGCAGGGAUUAGAAUGUACUUUGGUUUGUUCUUGGUGUGUUCUGCAAGGUCCCCCCUGAAAGAAGUAAUGCAUAGAUAGCAGCAUAUGUUGAUCUAAAACAUGUUUAUAAUGUCCUGCAUCAACAGUGGUAUAUAAUCUAGUUAUUAUGCAUCCUCACAAUUAUAAUUGGCUUUUGAACUGUACGCUGAUAAAAAUUCUGGUGGUCUCUCUCCUUUUUAGAGCAGAGGACAUGAUGUCCAUGAUCCCCAAAAAGAAUGUCAGAUUUUCAGUGGUCACACCAUAGGACGAUUCCCAUUUGCCUCAGUCUGUCUUUAAUAGGUAUAAAUAUUCCUUCGUCCCUCUGUUGAUCACUCUACUUAAUGGGCUGCUUGCGGAGGACAGACGGGGUAGAAGGUUUUGAGGUAGGGCCAAUGUAAUUUAAUGUGUUUCCUGGUGCACUAGGAAUGCAGUGGGGGUUGUUACUAUUUAUUAUAUUGGAGGGUGAUCUAGAGGUUUACUUUAGCUUUUUUGCGUCACUGUGCACUUUACUAUAUUGUUAUUGCCUCUGUUGUCCUGUGCUGUAUUGUAUUGUACUGUAUGUACGAUAUUAUAUGUAUGCUGCCUACCCAUAUGUCCAAGACAAAUUUCCCCUGAGGGAGACAGAAUAAAUUAACCCUUAACCUAAACCCUUUACCCUUAAAUGAGCUGAUGUCCUGAAAGGUCGCCAGCAUUUCUGUAUCUCGUUAACAUUCUGUGUCCUGUUUGAAUGGUGCAGUUAAAACCUACAUUUGUGUAGUAAACUUUGUCCACAGAUGAUGGUUUUUGAAGUGAUUUUAGGCCCUUGCACUGAUUUCCACUCCAGUCAGGUCUGUUUUUGAUGCAGUGCCACCUGAGUGCCAAAAGAUCCCAAGCAUCCAGUGUUGGUUUUCAGCCUUGUUCUUUUAGUACUGAGAUUUCUUAAGACCCUCUGAAUCAUUUCAAACAUUUUGUGCUGUAUAUGAUGAAAUAAUCUUUACAAUUUUACUUUGAAAACUUGGAACUAUUUGUUCGCACAGCCUCUUAUAAAGUAAUGAACCUCUUCCUAUCUUUGCUUCUGAGAGGCUCGCCCUGGCUGGAGUGCCCCAUUCAAACUCAGUCAUCUUACUAACUUCUAGCAAAUGAAUGUAACUAGUUGGAAGACGUUCCUUCAUGUGUUUUUUUUAUUGCAUUACACAACACUAAAUUUCCCAUUGAAUUUCCCUAUUUCCUAUUGAAUGUAGGGUUUAAAUGAUUUGUGAACGGUUUUAUCAACAUUUUACACAAACAUUCCAACUUUUUUGAAUUGGGUUUGCAAUUUUAAAACGCUGUAAUUAAAGAUGUUUUUGAAAUCUUCUGAAGAAGUUAUACAUUUUUUAAAUUUCCAAAGCACAUUUAUUGAUGUUCAUGACCCGAAUUACUCAAGCCUGUGGAUUCAUGUGAAUGGGAUAAGUAAGUGAUGAUGGGAACUUAACAGCCUCUGCUAUCAGUAAAUGAAUGUGGUGCAAGUGGGUGAAUGAGACAUGUUAUGUAAAAGUACUUUGAGUGAUCAGGGACUAGAAUAGGGCUAUUUAAGUGCAAUCCAUUUCCCAUUUUCCCUCGUAUAAACUCAGUUUGGAGUUAGUAAUGACCCUGAGAUAGAGAAUAAUCUUUUGUCAUCUGUGGUACUUGAGAUUUAGCACAUCUAAAGCUUGAAUAUCCAUGUGUCAGAGCCUGAAUAGUUUUGUGUCAGAGCCGCUGCUGCAGCUGUACCUGCUUAUUGUGUUGGUGGGUAGCCAGUAAUUAAAAUCCUUUUGUUCUCAGAACAACAGCAUGCACCUGUCUCUCCCUGUCACUCAGUACCUUUGUCUCUUCCUCUGUUCCUCCAGGAGUCAAAGAACGAAAUGUUGCUCCUCAGCUGACAGACUUUGAGAUUCCCACCUCAUUUUGGUACGAGCUGAAAAGCCUCACACAGACCCUGAUGGACAACGUUAACUGUAAGUCUUUGCUGAAAUCAGUUAUAACUCUUGUGAAGCAGACAUAACACAGCAUGAUAAAAAAGGAUUAAAAAAAAACAUCAGACAUUUAAAACAGCUCUUCCCAAUUUUAAGAUGUGUGUCUUUUUUUUUUAUGAUUUCGACAUAUUUUAAACAUUAUUGUGGAGGAUCAAGGUUGCCUCAAGAAAAUAAAGCUCUUGAGAAUAAAACCAUGAAUCCAUGAGAAAAAAGUGAUAACAUUAUGUGUGAAGAGCCAUACCUUUACGGGAAAAAGUCAUGAAUUUAUCAGAACAAAUUCUUACAUUUACAUGAAAAAAGUUGUUAAUUUCUAAUAGUAAAGCUGUCAAGUCUAUAUUUACAAGAAGGAAAUCUUACAUUUACGGGAUACAGUCUAAGAUAAUAAAGUUCAAGUUUUAUGAUAAUAAACUCAUAAGUACAGGCUAAAGCCAACUGAUAUGAGCUAAAACAACAUGUUGGUAUCAGAAGAGCCCAUAAACCGGCAUUGAAAUGCAGACUGUAGAUUAUCUUUGGGAAUUAUACUUAAUAGCUGAGGACAAACUGAGGUGUGCAUAGGCUGCCAGAAUAGGCUCAGCUUGUUGAAUAACAGUAAUAAUAAUAAUAAUAAUAAUAAUAAUAAUAAUAAUAAUAACAACAAGAAUAAUUUUCCUCUACAGAAGUCCAGACUUAACCUCUCGUAGAGUAUCAGUUCUACCAGAUCAUUGUACCAGGGCAAAUGCUUCUAAAACGUCCCAAUAAAUCAGACUGUAAGUGGAACACUGUGGUUCUUAAAUUUGUAUGGGAAGAUUUUUGGGGAUUUGGUGGUGUAGUUAACACAUGUCUGUAGUUCUUGAUCUGUCAUUUAACAACAUUACUGUUCUCUAUCAACACAUAUCUUCAUGCUAAGAGCAGAAAACAAACCGGCCACAGACGUUGACUCUCCACUUUAGUUUCAUCACUUAAAAAUCACACUGCUCAUCAUAUUUUCUUAUUUUUUGUAGUUAUUGUACACUUUUUCAUUGUGAGCUGUUAUUUUUGGUAAAAAAGGAGAAAAUUGGGUCAAGUGUAAAUAACCUAUGAUCCUCUGUAAGGUAGCAUUUAAAUAAUCUGUCAGACAUCCAGAAAUCCAUCUACACUAUCUGUUGGUAAUAUCUCUCUCUCUCUCUCUCUCUCUCUCUCUCUCUCUCUCGCUCGCUCGCUCUCUCUCGCUCUCUGCUGAUGGCUCUGACAUUUCUUCCGGAAAUCAGAAAAACGAUUAAGCAUGCUAAAUGCAAGUGAGGACUUAUAGAAGAAGUAGAAAGGAAGUGCUCAGGGGCAGAAUGUUUUGAAUAGAAUGCAGCCUAGAUUGAGGUUAUAAUUUAUAUGAUAAAUUCAACCUUGCAGUUUUUAUUUCAGACUAAAUGAAAUGUCAAUAAAUAACCUCGGGCUAAGUGCAUAUGCUGCAGUGAAAGCUAAGUGGCUUUUAACAGAGCUCUCCCGCAAAAGGACAAAGGGAAACUUGGUUUAAGUCCACAACUUGUACGAACACAACGAACAUAAAGAGAUGAAUUGACUUGGAGUGAUAAAGCCAGGUUGACCUGUAUUAGGGUCUGAUUCAUAACACAACCCUAUUUAUGAUCUCCCUUUACACCUGCAUUAAUGCGGAUAUUCAUCCUUUUGCAAUCUGUAAUUUUUGUUCUUGGUCUUAUUUAAGUGUUCAUUAGUUAAAGGGGCGUAAAUUUAAGUUAUGGUCAGACACACCAUAACACCAAGUUAGACCCGAUAAGUAGAUCACCAGGUGCGUCGGAUCAUUUCAGUGAUGUAAUAAUCAUUUUGCACUGCAGAUGUGGUAGUUCUUAGACCUGAUGAGUAGAUCACCAAGUGCAUCGGAUCAUUUCCAUGAUGUAAUAAUCAUUUUGCACUGCAGAUGCGGUAGUUCUUCUGCCUUAGCGUCUCAGUCUGAUUACAUUUCCUUACUGUAAUGAUCAUAAAUGUUCUUCCUUGAGCUGCGAUUCUCCGCUGCGCUCGGUGAACAACUCGUCAGGGCUCCCCCCACAAACAAGCAGCUUCUGGAAGAGAGUAGGUGAGUUGUGUUUAGUCUCUUUGCUAAAGAAACCAGGCAAAGCUAAAAAGAUCUUUGGUGGCUACUAGUACUAUGGCUGGAACCCUAUAUGAACUGUUAAUGAAGUUAGGUGCUGUUCUGAGCAUUAUUUGUGGCUAUAGAAUGGCGUUUGGUUGAGGUUUGCACGUGGCUCCUCAGACUGCUGUGUAUUGCUAUCCUGCAAAUUAAUUUUACGCCGGAAUUUCUCUUUAAAUCUGCAUUUCUGUUCAUGCCCACUUGAGGCUGUCUGCAGAUGCACCAGAAACCAUGUACACACCGGGCAAAAGAAGCCAAAUCUAGAGCCAAAAUAAACACUUUCACAGCCUGGUUUAAAAUUGCUUUGGGUCUUAAUAGCUCAGGGAUCUCAUCACACCCACGUGGAGUGAAUUUUUGUAAUGUUUUCUAUAUAGUUUAUGGUAACAAGUAACUGAAUCAUCUAACCCUGAAAAUAAAUGACCUUUGUGUGUCAAGACUUUACCCAGGCCACCACAGUGAGCAGGGAAGCUUGGGUGCAAGCCUAGAUGGAGCUGCCACAAGUGCAGAUCUUAGUGGCAGAAGUAAAACAAAUCAAACAAUAAUUCUGCAGGCCAAAGUGGAGCAUGAAUAGACAGGAAUAAAAUACCAAUCCCCCUUCAAUAGACAGGUGAUGUUCAACCUGUUAAAUGUAAACAGAUCUUUUAUAUUCAGAUCUGAAACCACUUUAUAUCAGUGGUUCUUCACACCCCUGGUAACUGCAUUAAAACUCUAGUGCCAAUGUCCCUAUCUUUAAGCACCAACUGUUCAUUUUCUGAUGGACUUCUACAUAACCUUAUUUCCACAAUCUUCAGCAUGGGCUUUAAGUUUUUUUCUUAGAGGUCAGAUUCACAUCUUUCAUAAAGUCUAAAUGCCAGAGUUAACUGUGAUACUUUCUGUUUUGUUUACAAGAGGGUGUCUAACUCAGUGUUACAGUGUUUGACCAUAACUUAAAUUUAAGGCGGAAUAUCCCUUCAAGUUAUUUUAUAAAGAUAGUGAAUGGACAGCUCUGAUACUGGCUCCAGCAGAGUUCUUCACUAGAUCAGCAGAGUAGAGGAGGAUUGGCCAAGGAAAACAUAAUGAACACUCACACAAGUUAGCUGCCUGUGGGUUUUUUUUUAUUUGGUUGUUUUGGGUUACGGGUCAUGUUAUGUUUGUUUUGUAAUCAAAUGUCAAACUGUGUGUCAUUGGCUUGCUGCAAAAAAAUUGACUUACAGGUGCAAUAAAGUAACUUGAAUCUGAACCAGAACUUUCCAUAACCACAGGUGGCUACCUCAAAUAAAUGCAAGAAUCUCUUCUGCUGUGGACAGAGGGACCUGUUUUGAACAAUUAGUCAAAUACUUAUUUUUGUUAGUGGAGCUGAUCAGUUAUCGUAAGUCCUGUAAAUUUUACCAGCCAGGUCAUUAGUGCAAUGUGUUAGCAUUAGCAUCGUUAUUGAAAAAGCUUUUUUGGCUUCUCAUCUCACAGUUUACAAAAAUAAAGACACGUUAAUUCUGUACAGAGUCAAUGACUGCAUUGCUCUCUCUAUUAUCUUGAUUGCUUUAUAUGAGACUCUACUAGAGGACUGCCACAUAUGUGUGUGUGUGUGAAUAAGAGCUAUCAAGAUAUCAGAUUCAUAACUCAUAAUUAUUGUAGAGGAGGGAUAAUUAAGAAAUGGUAAGACAAGAGUGGAGCAACACAUUACCUCAUAAAUUUCACUUAACGCAAGUAACACACUUGUCAUCAUUGAUUUAUAAUGAUUUUCCAAUUUAUGGUUUAUCUACAUUACCAACUCUGUAACAAAAACCUAAUUGGAGAAGACUUUGCCUAAUUCUACAAAUGCUUUUAUUUUGAUAUUUUUCUAUCUUGUGUUUCUGUUGCUUUAUUUGCUCCAUUGUUAAAGUAUGCUUUUAUUUUGAAGUGUGCUACUUCUAGUAGAUCAUAAGUUACAGAGCUUAUGAAAAACAGCUAACAGAAUGGUUGAAAGAGUAAAUUUCAAUAGAUUGGUAAACCAAAGAGACACAAUCUCUGAAGUUGUAUUUACAGAUCACUUUUUUAAAUAACAGAAGAGUUGCACUGCCCCCAUGAUCCCUUGAAAGUCAGAGUAGGACAUGCUCUUCAAAAUCCUCAAAGACACAGAUAACAUUUAUUAAAACUCAUGUUGUCAACAGUGCGGAUAAUUUGAAGAUAAAGAGGCCUGAUUGAAAACAGCAGUGGAGUAUCAGCAGGCAGACAUUGUUUUAGCUGCACAGUAGGGGAUAGAUUCACUCUCUACAAGUGCUUUGAGAGUUAAAUGGUUUCUUUUCGUCUCAUUUGCACAGGUUUAACUGGAGAACAGCGUCACGAUCCUUCUGUAAAUUUGCUCCAGUUUGUCUGAGUAACAAGAAAGAGAGAGAGUUGAGGGAUGUCUAUGUAGCUCUUUCAAUUUGGUUAAGAAUUGAUGAAGGCUGGCAGAGCAGGGCCAAUUAAAUAUGACAAGAAACAGUUUUACAAGCAUCAUGAAGUGAAUUGUGUUCAAUAAGCAGACUAACUGCUCUGUUGGUUUGAGAGUAAAUGACGGCUGCGGGGAAAUUUUGACUACAAAUGUUUUUCUGCCUGUGGUUAGUUAGAAUCAGCAGUAACAAUAUCCGUCGGAAAUAAAUAAUUGAUCUAUUCAUCUAUUCCAUGAGCAUAAACAUCUACUUAAGUAUUCAUUAUCGGUUUAUGUCCAGAAUGACAAACCUGUGAUUCAUCUCUGAACUGAAAAUCUGCAUCAGCUCCGAUCCAAAUAAUCAAUGAAACAUGUUUGCAUGAGUAAGUAGUUUGCCCUGAUCCCUGUUAUUCCCUUAGGUCGAGGAUUGAUGCUGCAGAGAAUGAGACAGAGGAUUGCAAUUACUUUCACUGAUGUAUAAUCACAUUAUAUAAAGAGCUCCCAUCUUCAGAGUGAGCUCAAGAUACUGUGUUCAUAGAUGGAGGGGGUCUCUUUAAAGGAGGCUGUCAUGCAUUACUGAGCCUCUGCUGCAGCCCAGCGAAGGAAAACCAAACAUUUCCACUUUCUGAGCUUUGGGCUUUUUCCUGGCUUUUGGAGUCACUGUUGGUUCUCUUGGGAGGGUUUAAGAUAGGAGUGCUGGAUUAUGGCAAAAAUUAUAAUGACUGUAAUUUUGAUUGAUAGAUUAUUAAAAACAGAAAUUGUGAUUUGACAUCUGCAUCACACUCAUUUACGUAUCUUAAACCCCCUUUAAAACAGUUUUUUGUUUACCAAAGUAUAAUGUCCUUUAUAACACAGAGACUCAGGUUUUUGUUUUAUUAUAAUUCAGUAUGAUGCCCAUAACUAUUCUAGCUUAGCAGUUGUUAGCUCCUUUAAGUAUAUGUACACUCAUGAUUACUUCAGCCUCUCUCGUCACACACAGAUACCAUAGACUGUAUAUACUACGGACAACUUGGUUCCGCCUCCCGCCUGCAUACGGAUUUGAAGCCGAAAAGCUUUCGGUAUUUCCAGGAUUUUUCUUCAUUUCCUGAAACCAGCAUUGUGCAGUAGCGUUGUGCGCAUUCAGCAGGAGAGUCGCCGAGAGUCUCUGUGAUGACGCUCGGCUCAAAGAGCAUAUCCCCCGGGUGAGCUACGCAAUCCCUGAAUGCCAAUAGGCUGUAUCAGGUGUCAAUCAAAGAAAACAUAAACCCCCUAAUAACUUUUAAAAACGGAACUUCAUAGAAAAAUAUGAGGACUUGAGCCAAACCAGUCUUACAAUAACUACAUGUCAACAUCGCAAGCAGGGGGGAGAAAAAUGUAUGUUCUGCGUAAUUCAUUUCUAAAGUUUGUCCACAGCUCCAUAAGCUUUGCUGGCGGAGGCGGGAUUUAUGACCUAUACUGCAGCCCGUCAACAGAGGGUGCUGUUCUCUGAGUGGCCUCACCCAGAGAGGAGGCAGACUCUGUCCAUUCUAUAUACAGUCUAUGACAGAUAAGCCCACAUCUGCCUCUCCCUGCUCACCUCUCUCUACUUGUGGCUGCCAGAUAGUUUGUACUGCUGUUGCAUAACACGUUGAAGAUACUGCAGUCCUCUGUUAAUCUCAAUUGUGAUAUCCUUGAUCAUCAGGGGCCAAAACUGUUGUCGUAAUUAAAAUUAGUUCAGUUGUUUUUAUGUUUACAGGACCCUUCCUUUUUUUUUAAUCAUAAAAAAGUGCUAAUGUCAACUACCCAUCUCUCUCUCUUUGAGGUUAUUUGACAGAAUUUUGAGUCAUGAAUAAAAGUUUUGAAGUGCUGGUUUUGUCAAUGUCAGCUUGGCCUGCACUUAAAUAAUGAAAAUUUGUUGGGUAUGAAUUGUGUAAAAGUUGCCUUUUGCUUUUUUUCCCGCCCGUGAGCAAUCACCAGUGGCCCCACAAUACGAUAUUAUUGCGAUACCUCGGCCACAAUACGAUAUUAUUGCGAUUUUUAAUAUUUUGCAAUACAGUGAGUCUUGCGAUACCAUAGAUUGUAGUUUAUACAUUUUUCCAACUGUUUAGCUAAUUUAGAAUUUGUUUUUCCUUUAUGUUAGUAUUUUAUUUUCAUGUUACACAUCUUGCAAACCUUAUGUGUCAGGUCCAUCUCAUUUAUGCCCUGCUUGCAUUCCUAAUGUCCUUCCCCAGGUGCUGCUAUAUUUGUUGCACUAACUUUUUCCUGCUCUAUGAUGUCACCUCUUGCAACCUCACUGGACAAACAGUUGAUUUUAUUUUUCCAUUGCCAUAGAUUUGACUUCAUAUUAACAAUUAAUUUGAAAGAAUCUAAACUUGAUAAAUUAAAUGAUAUAAUAUAUCACCAGACAAACUAUUGUGAUACCAUGCUGUAUCGAUUUUUUUCUCCCACCCCUAGUUAAUAACAGUAGAUUCUUUAAAGUGAUAAAGAUGUGAUGAGUGCUAAGCAGUCAUCAGUGUUUCUCUGUACGAUGUCUGUGUAGGUUUUCAUUCAUUCAUCCAGGUCAUGGUUAUCCAGUUUUUCAUUGAAAGAGCAACUGGACAUUUUUGAGGUUCUUGAAGGCGUUUCACCUCUUCUAAAAAGCCUCUUCAAGAACCUCAAACAAGUCCAGUUGCCAUUUAAUGAAUAAUUGGAGUGUGUCUCUGUACGCUCUGUGUGCACCACACAGCAGUCUAUGAUUAAAGUGAAGAUCUCACUCAAGGAAGAAAAUACAGAUAAACAUUUCUGUGACUGUGAUCUGUAAUUAUUUUAGGAUUCUACUUUUGUUUUUACUAAAGAGCGAUUAUGUUUGGAUAUGGUCCGGGUUGCGCAGAGAAUAGGCUGAUAUUAGUGAUGUGGGUCUUUUAGAGCUGCAGUUAGGAGCUUUUAUUGAUUUUGAUGCCCCCUGUUGACAAAGAUGUGCAUUUUAUUUCUUUGCUGCUCUGCAUGCCAGGGAAGUACUGUCAUGUGCCAUUUUUUGGGCCCUGAAUUGUGCAUAUAAGCCAUUUAUGAAUCAUUUGUGAAUGAGACUCCAGGUGACAAUCCAACCAGAACACAGGUACUAAAACUCAGUGAUGAGAAAUUGCCAAUCGCAUAGCUCAUAAUCUCAUUUUGUUAUAAAGAAAUAUAAGAGUGAGACUUAUUCUGAUUUGGAUCAAAUCUCCUCUGUGCCUUCAAUAUGAGCUUGAAGUUUUUAUUGGUCUGGGAGGAAAACUUCCCAAAUUGUUUUUUAGAGCUCAAGAACACACACUGGUUUUUGAUGAGAAAGUAAAUGUAACUUUUAUUUCUCCACAGGGCAUCUUCAAAAUGGCUGGGAGUUUAAGUAACAGUGUGUCUCUCCCCUGUUGUGUCUCUCCUCUCCAGUAAGUGUGACAGAUGCUGCUGCCAGUGCAGUUUUUCAGACCAUGCUGACAGUUUGUCACAGAAAACGGCCCAAACUCUGCAAACAGCUCCUCAAACGCAUCACAGAGUACCUGACAAGUCGCAGCGCAGCUCCUGGAGUCAGGUGAGAGGAGACACAGCAGCACUGCUGUUUGUGUGGGAAUAAGUCACAUGAUUCACCAUGAGGAGAAUUAAUCAGCUGCAUGUUUGUAUUCUCUCCUCUCAGUCCACUUCUGGUCUUCCUUAAGGACCAGGCCUCCAGUCGCCUUAUUGAGACCAUUAUUCAACUUUCCCACAAGUCCCUUCUUCAAGGGAUCUAUAAGAACCACCUGAGGGGUCACCUGGUGGACUUGGCCCUCCAUCCUAUUGCUAACUUCCCCAUUCAGAGGCUGACUGCAGCUUCUGCGAAAUACAAACUGGUUUGUAUUUGACACCGUGCAAGACCACAUUCAGGAUUUCAUUAUUUCACAAACAGACUUCACAUCUGCUCUCCCCCUCCUCUGUAGUUCCUGAAGUUGUUUGAUGAGCUGAUCCAAGGCGUGGAGGCCGUCUUGGCUGCAGGUCACAUGGGUGUGAUUGUCCAGCUGGCAGAGAGCUGUGCAGAGAGCGAAGAAAAACAGGAAGACAUGAUGCAGUGUCUCCUCCAUGUAGGUAUCAAAGAGUCUCUUUAAAGUGUAGUAAAUAAAUACUUGAUUGACACCCUGGUUUCUGUAUGACUAGAGACAAAAGUGUGUAACGUCUCAUUAAAGCUGCUUCACACUUCAUAUGUGGCUAAUAGAAGCCCUGCUAAUGUUUUGCCUUCCAGGCUUUUCAUUGCGCUGAGCCGGGCUCUCGACAUGUCACCUGCCUCCCUCUCUUCAUGUCCCUGCUUACCUAUGAGGUGUACUACCACUCUGAUCCAGCAGAGGGCAGCACUAAAACAGAGGUAACCACCCUUAAUGGAGUCAAAUUGAAUGACUGGAGGCUGGUUUAAACUGCAGUCCUGACAUUUUAGUUAAUCAUAAGCACCAAGGAAGUAAAAAUGAUUGCAUCUCUCCCUCUGUGAUGAAACUGUUUCAGCAACAACUCUCCUCUUUUUUCUUUUUUCAAUGGUUUUCAGAUCCCACUCUCCUCUAUGUGUUACCACGGCUCCCGUCUCGUCCAGGCACUGUCCAGGUUCAAAGAGCGCUCACACCUCCUCAGCAGCCUGCGCACCCUGACCUCCGCCGACCUCCUGACCAUGGCCUCUGACCCCUCAGGCAGCCAUGUGCUGCAGGCCCUCAUCACCACAUCCAGCGACAAGGGGAGAGGCAAGAUCCUUAAGAGAUUAGAGGUAAAAGCACUGAUUAUAGUUCCAGAUUAAAGAAUAAAAUUGGGAUAAAACAAUUUGUAUACUUACAGAAAACAUAUAUUUUUUAUAUCAAGUAAACAUUCAACAAAAGUUUGUUUUAGGGGCUACAGAAGACAUACUGGUUUGUAAACUAUCAAGCUCAAAGUGUUUGAUGUUUAUUUGGAUCAAUGAAUUUGACAUCAGUAUGCCAGAUGGCACAUUAAGUCUUCCUUUCUGAAGUCAAUCACCCAUUGCAGCCAUUACUGCCCCUGACACAGGCAGUGUUGUUUUAUUGAAAGUUGAUCCCUCAUCCUGCACCAGCUUUUCACCAAACAAACGAAAAUGAUCUUCAACAAAUAACCCUCCUUUAUUACUUCACAAACCACACUGACCAGCUCUCUGGGGGAAUAAAUCUCGUUAUUCCCUUGUGCCGGCGCCAGGCACAGCCAAAAGCAGAAUGUUUCCGGGUCAUCUGUCUGUCCGUCCCAUUUCUAUGAACACAAUAUCUCAGGAAGUCCUGCAGGGGAUAUCUUCAUGUUUGUCACAAAUGUCCGUUUGGACUCAAGCGUGCAGCGAUUUGAUUUAGUUUGUUAAAGGUCAAAAAACAUUUCUGGCCCAAACUCAAGAAUUCAUCGGCUAAAUAUGUCUGAGUUUCACAGAAAAAGAUUACAGGAAUAAAAAUGAUGAAGUGCAGUGAAAGUUCACUUCACUGUGGAGUCAUUGUUUUCUGAAAAGACUCUUCUGAGAAAUACUUGGGGAGAGUUUAGCCAAAGGAGGAGCCGAUCUGGAUUUGAUGGUGAGAGUCACUGUCCUGCUCUGAUUUCUGUCAGGAAUUCCUAUGGAGUUGAAGUUAUUACAUCCAGUUUAAUUUCAAUGUCUGUCUUCACUGAGGACUCACUAACCUGGUGCUCACAUGUCGAUAGUAAACACAUGUUGAUAUUUUAGCAGAUAGUCCUAGAGAGUGUCAUCAGAUACACGGAUAAAGAUCCAGAUUUACACAAGCAAACCUGGAUAAAGUUAUUUAUGCACUCAUCCUCUCUGGAUUAGAUUUCUGUUUAAUCCAUAAAUCCCUCUCUCGACUCUAGCUGGCUCAGAAUGCAGAAUAUAUAUAUAUAUAUAUAUAUAUAUAUAUAUGUAUAUGUAUAUGUAUAUAUGUGUAUAUAUAUAUAUAUAUAUAUAUAUAUAUAUAUAUAUAUAUAUAUAUAUAAUAAUGAUCAUAAUAACAACAACAAUGUUAUAAUUAUUAGCAGUAGAAGUAGUAGCAAAAUUUUAAGAUAUCAGUUUUUCAUGUAUAUUAUUUUCAAUAUCCAUCCAUCAUUAUUAUUUUCACCUUUACCCUUUUCAGUUUGUCCUAAAAAGGAUUUUAAAACACACAUGAGUCAGUUCAUCAGAACUGAAGUGAUGCUUUUUUAUAUUUGGACAAUAUGAAUAGAAAGGGAGGGCUAAGGGAAAAAGGAAAGAGAACAAGGAUAGGAGGGUAGGAGGGUAAGAACAUAGGAGGGUGGGGAAUAUAAGGGUCAAAGGAUGGAGAAAAGGUGGGGUGUUAAGGCUAUAGGGAGGGGGUUAAGAGGUUCAGCAGGCAUAUUUUUCUCUUUUCAUUCAUCCUCUUUUCUUCUUUGACAUGUUUCUCUUCAGUCUCAGUCAUUUCUUCCACCUGGUCCUCCUCCUCCUUCAUCUUUUCUCUCUUUAAUUUUCUUAUUUUUUAUCCCUACUCCUCUCCUCCUUGUGUUUUCUCUUCUACUCAUCUUCUUUUGACUGCAUCUCCUCUUCCUCCUUCUCUUGUUUUCUUUUUUUCUUGUAAUACUCGACUCUCACAAGCUGAAAAUAUUUCCCAGAGAAUCAAAGAAGCAAUAAUUUUGAUCAUUAGUUUUUGGUAUAGAUUUGAAGUACCUGCAGAUUGUUGGUCUGAUUGACAAAUGUGUCUGCAGGUUUGAUUCAAGAAUUUGUGUUUUGUUUUUGUUUAUGUCAAAAUGGGCUGCUGUGUGUACAUUAUUGAGAAAGAUAACCAACUUAAACAGUUUUGGCAAAUUGCUGCAAAUUAACAGAGUGAAACACCUAAGGAGGUCUGAGUACUUUCUGUUCCCAUUGUAUGUUGAUAAAGUUGACAAUGGUGGGGAUGUUAUGGGCCUGAGCUGCUGAAACACCGGGGAAAUGAGGUGCCCCCGUGAUAACCUUUAUGAUGAGCUGACUGUUACUGCCUAUCCAUCCCCGUCUUUCUCCAUGCCUGGAUGGAGAGGGCAUCAAGGGGGCAUGUAUUUGGUUAUAUAUCCUAUCAUAGAUUAUGAAUAUUAGUAUGUACAGAAGAGGACUAGGGCCACUGGAAAAAAAAAGGUCCAAUAUAUAUAUUUUUAUUAUUAUUAUAAGUUUAAAUUCAGAAGUAUGAGUUUAAAGAUUAAAGUCAGAAUUCUAAAAAAAGACAGACUUCUGACUUUAAUCUCAUUCAAAUAAUGGCUUUUAGAGAGAGAACAAAAAAUGACUUCAAUCUCAGAAUUCUGAUAAGUCUAAAAAAAUUGUACCUGAUUUUUUUUUUUUUUUCAGUGGCCCUAAUCCUCUUCCAUAGGUGUAAGAGCUUAAUGAGAUGGCUUUCUGUAUCCUUUUUAUCAUAAAUUACCUUGUGGGUAUUUGAAAUUCAAUAUAUCUCAGUACAACUGCUGACUGAACAUAUAUACUUGAUAAAAACUCUGAAAACAAUAACCCAAACAGUGGGUUUAGGGAGACCAGAUGAAUAUAAAUAAAGUAUAACAAAAGUUUCUUGAGUGUAUGAUAAAAUCCUGAAGAGCUGUGAGCUAAAUGUGAGAAAAUAUGGUAAUAUCAUGCACAAUAAAAAGACUAAAAACAUCGUUAUGAAUAUAGAAAUAUUUUAUCACAUUUAAAAACAACUGCUGUUAAACCAAAGUGCUGUACAAGCCUAAACAUGUACCGAUAAAAAGCUAAUUUGGGUUGAAAAGAUGCUAAAGCACAUUAAUAACAAAUGAAAUUGAAUUAAUAACACAUGAAUUUGAAUUUCCCUCUGUGAUAAUUAAAGUAUCUAUCUAUCUAUCUAUCUAUCUAUCUAUCUAUCUAUCUAUCUAUCUAUCUAUCUAUCUAUCUAUCUAUCUAUCUAUCUAUCUAUCUAUCUAUCUAUCUAUCUAUCUAUCUAUCUAUCUAUCUAUCUAUCUAUCUAUCUAUCUAUCUAUCUAUCUAUCUAUCUAUCUAAAGAAUACAGUAAGAUUACCAUCAUGUGUGUACAAAAACUUUAUUAGAUAUGAAUCCUUUUGCUUUGUGGUGCUUCAGUUAUUGGAUUUUCCAGGUGAAAAUGUUUUAAGUGUCAGAAAAAAAUCUCUUCCAUGUGAUUUUAGUGAAGUCUUCCCCCUGAAUUUGACACUCAGUUGUGAGACACUGAGUAAAGAAAUGAAAGUGCUGCAUAUUUUCAAAAGGGGGACAUUAUCCAGUCUGUCUCUCUUGUUUUUGUAAACAAAAAUGAAAUGAAUCAUCACCCUCUCCUCAGGGUCAGUAUGUUCAGAUGGCGUGCUCCCGGUUGGGCAGUCGAGUGCUGGAGGCCAUAUGGAACAGUGCUUCAGUCAGUCACAGGCAGAGCAUCGCACAGGAACUGGGUAAAACAGAUCAACCCACAACUUCCUAUCAUCCUGACUCUAGGGGGUGGCUCUGCAUAUGGUCAAAUGAAAACUUCUCCUGUCUCAAUGUUCCUUUCAGUGCAGAGCGAGAGCCAGCUGAGGUCAGAUCAGUUUGCCCGGCACGUGUGGGCCAAAUUUGCCCUCUCCCACUUCAUCCACAGAAGAGCCCACUGGCAGGAAAUCCAAACCGGAGAAUCUAAGAGGAGGAAGCUCUUCAGUGACAUUCUUGAGUAAAAUUCAUAUUUAUAUGAUUUAUUUGUGUUUUUGAAAAGUAAUUUGACUGAAAAUAAAAUGGACAACUCUUCAUUUUUAAC